AACCGAGUCAACCCAGUUUCCUCAGAAAGACGUGGCAAUGGUUGGAAAGUCUUGUUGACACAUACAUUAACGUUUGACUAGAAACACAACAAUAUCCGUCGGAGAAAACGAAGUGACUACCGGGUCUUUCUGAUUAUCUAGAAUCAUACUUCACUUGGUCUCCUCCUCUUCCUUCCAUCCACUCAGAGCUUGGUUUCAAGACUGAAACAUUAAGUUUGGCAGCAAGACAUUCCAAUUUAAGCCAAUGGCUACGCCUGCAGUGGUUACAGACACUCACUAUACAGUUGUUGAUAAGAAGAAAGGGCGAGUUAGGUGCAAUUAUUGUGGAAAGGAGAUAAGUGGUUCCACUCGUCUUAAGCAACACUUGGGUGGAAUACCUCCUGAUGUAUUACCUUGUCUGGAAGUUCCAGAGGAUGUGAAGAUUCAAAUGAAAAACAACUUGAUGGGAAUAACAAAAGCAGAUGCAAACACCAAAUUUCUUGAAUCGAUCAAAUCGUCUUCUCUACGGAAGAGGAAGUCCAGCUCUAACGACCCAUGUAAAGGCAACCAUGUUUCCAGUCAACCCACCAAUUUGUCACGGAAGAGGACGCACUACACUCUGGAUUAAAAGACAAUGAUGAGAUGGCACAGAGAUUGAUUAAUCCCGAACAAUUAAAUGCACACACCGCAGGGAAGAUUGAAAAACAAGCUGAAGACAAGUCAUCCAGGCAAAUCAAAGGUGUAUAGGCAGAUUCUUUUCGAAAAUGGUAUAGACUUUAGUGCUGCAAACUCGCCUACUUUCGAGAAAAUGAUGCAUGCUUUGGUUGGACGUGGAUCCAUGCUGUCUAAGGUGCCCAGUUGUAAUGAUCUCAAGGGGUGGAUUCUGCAGGAAGAACUGAAGGCAUCACAAGAGCAUGUGCGAGAAGUUGUGCACUCAUGGGGAAGUACUGGAUGCAGUAUUUUGUUGGACGGGUGGAUCGAUGGGAAAGGGAGACAUUUGAUAAAUUUUGUGGUUGAUAGCCCAUGGGGUCCCAUAUUUAUGAAGUCUGCUGAUGUGACGGAUAUUAUAGGAGAUGUAGUUGCCAUGAUCACAUUGUUAAGCGGAGUUAUUGAGGAGGUUGGGAUGCAGAAUGUUGUUCAAAUUGUCUCAUAUACUACUCUUUCUUCACUGAGCGUAGUGGGCAAAAAGUUGAUGGAGAAUUACAGUACUAUAUCUUGGACUGUUUGUGCAGCUCACUGCAUAGGCCUCAUCUUAAAUGAGAUAGGAAUGCUGGACCCCUGGAGAGGUGUACUUGAUAAGGCAAAGGAUAUUACUCAGUUCAUUUACACUCAUGAGACAGUUUUGAAGCUUAUGAUGAAACACACUUCUGGGGUGGAACUAGUCAGUUCCAGGAGGAUUAGGCCACUGACGCCAUUUUUAAUACUGGAGAGAAUUGAGACUCAAAAGAAUAAUCUGGAGAUCAUGUUUAGUUCGUCAGAAUGGAAGACGUCAGCCUUAGCUUCAACAGCUGAUGGAGUGCAUGUGACUGAUUUAGUCACUGGAGUGUCGUCUUUCUGGACUAACGCCGAGAUGCUUUUGAAGGGAAGCCUUCCACUCAUACGUGCUCUGCAUCUAAUCAGUGGAGGAGAUAGUAAACCCCAGUUGGGAUACAUAUAUGAAACGAUGGACCAAGUAAAAGAGACGAUAAAAGAGGAGUAUGAAGACGUGAAAACUAACUAUCUGCCUUUCUGGACAGUAAUUGAUGGGAUCUGGAAUAACCAACUCCAUUGCCCUAUCCAUUCUGCUGCCUACAUUUUGAAUCCAAGUCUUCUUUGCUCAUCUGAGGACGUUGAAGAUGAUAAUGAGAUCAAGGAUGGGAUUUCACUCUGCAUUGAGGGAAUGGUAAAGGAUAAGGGAGUUCGAGAUUUAAUAUUAUUACAGUUAAAUGACUAUUUAGAGGCUAGUGGUGAUUUUGGCGAGGGGGUUGCUAAUGCUAUUGAUCAAAAAACGAAGCUUUCUCCAGUGAAGUGGUGGUCCUUAUAUGGAGGUCAUUGCCCUGAAUUGCAAAGUUUUGCUAUGAGAAUUUCAAGUCAGACGUGUACAGGUGCCUCAAAAUAUGGUCUGAAAAGGAGUCUAUCUGAGCAACUACAUAUGAAUGGAAGGAACCCUGUAGUGCAGAAACAGUUGACUAGCCUUGCAUUUGUUCAUCAUAAUCUUCGGUUGCAAAAUGCUGUCUCUAUUUCAAACUCAGAUUUCAAAGAUAUAUUUCUUGAAGAGAUGGAUCCGAUGGAUGAAUGGGUUGGCGGAGGAGACGUUGAAAGAGUAAGCAGGUGAUUAAAUUAAGGUAUAUGAGUGUCUAAUGUUAUCUUCUGAAAAUAAAGACUACAAAUUUGAUUGCUUUGAAUGGUGGACAUGAAUUUGAAGAAAAUGAUG